AUCAUUCUGAAAACAUCGAGCUCGUCAGUUCGAUCGACGAAGCAAAGACCGUUCGUCAGUGUUUUGUGUGAUUUCGUUCAGUUCUGUACGAGUAGUUUUCGUUGAAACGUACAGACUGUCUCGCGAAUAAACUAUGGCGCUUCUAACAAGGAUUAUUAAGUGCGAGGCAAGACAUAUUUCAAGGUUAUACAGUUCAAGCCCACCGACCGUUAAAAUGUACAUCGACGGACAAUUCGUGGAAUCCAAAGCAACGGAAUUCACGGAUGUACAUGAUCCCGCUACGAACGAACUUAUCUGCCGUACUCCAAAAUGUACGAAGGAAGAAAUGGAAAGAGCCGUCGAAAAUGCGAAAAACGCUUACGAGAAGUGGCGAAACACUAGUGUACUCACUAGGCAAAAUUUAAUGCUCAAGUAUCAAGCUCUUAUACGAGAGCACUCGAAAGAAAUAGCGGAAAAUAUGGUGAAGGAAAAUGGCAAGACUUUGCUCGACGCAGAAGGUGACAUUCUUCGAGGCCUUCAGGUCGUUGACGCUUGUACGUCAAUUCCAAUGUUACAAAUGGGUGAAUCUACGCCUAACAUCGCCACUGACAUGGAUAUUAUUUCUUAUAAAAUUUCUCUUGGAGUGACGGCUUCCAUAUGUCCGUUCAAUUUUCCCGCCAUGAUCCCACUUUGGUCGUUUCCAGUAUCUGUUGCCUGUGGCAACACGACAAUUUUAAAACCUUCCGAACGUGUACCAGGAGCCUCGAUGAUCCUUGCUGAUCUCUUUACGAAAGCAGGUGCCCCACCGGGUCUUUUAAACGUCAUUCAUGGUCAACAUGCUGCGGUCGACUUCAUCUGCGAGCAUCCAAAUAUCAAGGCUGUCUCCUUUGUUGGCUCGGAUCAAGCAGGUAAAUACAUAUACAAACAGAGUAGCGCGCAUGGUAAACGUGUGCAAUGUAAUAUGGGUGCAAAAAAUCAUUGCGUGGUGCUACCGGAUGCGAAUAAGAAUAAAACAAUUUCGCAAAUAACUGGCGCGGCGUUCGGUGCAGCUGGUCAAAGGUGUAUGGCUCUGUCUGUGGCAAUUUUCGUUGGUAAAUCGAAAGAAUGGAUAGGGGAAUUAGUUGAAGCUGCCAAGAGGUUGAAGGUCAAUGCCGGACACGUACCCGGUACAGACCUUGGACCGGUUAUAUCGCCUCAAUCGAAACAAAGAAUAUACGAUUUAGUCGAAUCCGGUGUGAAAGAAGGUGUUGGUUUACCUCUCGAUGGAAGAGGUAUCGUUGUGCCAGGAUAUGAACGUGGAAAUUUUAUUGGGCCAACCAUUUUAACUGGUGUCAAGUCAUCUAUGAAAUGUUAUACGGAAGAGAUCUUCGGACCAGUUCUUUCUUGCAUGUUCGCCGAUACUUUGGACGAAGCAAUCGAUAUUAUCAAUAAGAAUCCUUAUGGGAAUGGUACUGCCGUAUUCACUAACAAUGGUGCAACCGCCAGAAAGUUUGUUGAUAGAAUCGAAGCUGGUCAAGUUGGCGUGAACGUUCCUAUUCCAGUUCCAUUGCCUAUGUUUAGUUUCACCGGUAAUAAAGGAUCCUUUCUCGGGGACAAUCAUUUCUACGGGAAAUACGCUGUCAAUUUCUACACACAAACGAAGACGGUAACACAAUUAUGGCGGUCAGGAGACGCGAGUAACAUCGCCUCGUCAACAGCAAUGCCAACGAUGCAAUAAAUAUAUCAGUCAGUCGAUGAAAAGAAAUUUUUUCAUUAAUUCUACGCUUAUUGAGUCUUCCAAGAGAUAAAGAUCAUCAUUCAUAGUUCCUACAAUUUUUACUUUCUACAAGAUCUUAUAUACGAUAAAAGAUAUCGAUCGACGUUGACUCGUACCUGUACGUCAUCAAACUCACUCUGCUAUCUUUAAAUAUCAUCUACGAUACAUCUAUUGUAUUAUAAUAUACUAUAGAUAUAUUUUUUUAUCGAAGAGAAGGUAAUAAAAUUACGUUUAUCUUAUCAUUUAAUUAAGCCUAGAUCUAUCACGUGUAUUUUUUAAUUGAAUAGAAAACUUUUGAGAAAAGAUAA